UAGACUCACACAUUGUUUGGAAGCGUUGGCGGGCAUACUUUUUUCGGAGAGUGAGUGGCUAUGCAAGGACCUGCAGCAUGGGCCGAAAAUAUAAGAGAAAAACUGAUAAACAGCGGGAUCCUACUGCCUUUGAAAAUGCACUGAUGGAAGUUAAAGAGAAGGGUGCUUCAGUAAGGGUUGCUGCUGCUCUGUUCGGAGUACCUAGAAGCACACUUCAUGACUAUGUACAGAGAUCCAAAACCAGGCCUAUUGUUGACCAGACUUUUCAAUUAGCAAGUUACUCUGUUAGACAAGUACUAACUCCAAACAUGGAAAAGGAAUUAGCCACUUACUUAAAAGACUCCUCUAAACUGUUUCAUGGUUUAUCUACCAACACAACAAAACGGCUGGCAUAUGAAUAUGCUGUUGCUAACAAAGUUGGUGUUCCAGAAUCAUGGGCAAGGGAUGAAUCUGCUGGAAGAGAUUGGUUAACUGGAUUUCUUGAAAGACAAGCAACAAGUCUGGCUCGGAUGACAAGUUUUAAUAGAACUAACCUUGGCAUUUUUCAGACUAAACUAGAAGAGGUUCUACAGCGAUAUCAGUUAUCAGAAUCAUGCAUCUAUAACCUGGAUGAGAUAGGAUGCACAACUGUUCAAAAAGUACCAAAGAUUAUUACACAGAAGGGUGUUCAUCAAGUUGGGCAGGUAACUUCACGUGAGCGUGGUGAGCUAGUAACAAUGGUUGGCAUUAUAUGUGCCAAUGGAAAUGCCCUGCCACCAUGUUUUAUAUUUCCACGAGUGAGAUUUGAUGAAGCUCGGAUGAUGAACGGUGUUCCACCAGCAUGCACAGGACUUGUUCAUCCCAGCGGGUGGAUGACGAGCAAGAAUUUUCUCAAUGUUUUACAGCAUUUUGUCUUGAAUUCUAGAUGCAGUCUGGAUCAUAAAGUUCUGCUCAUUAUGGAUAACCAUGAGUCGCAUCUCUCUAUAGAGGCGAUUGAUUAUGCAAGGGAACAUGGCAUUAUACUCCUGACUUUGCCUCCACAUACAUCAAACAAGCUCUAA